AUGGAUAUGUCGGGCUCCAAUUCGCUUAACAUGCGACCACUGUUUAGCGGAUAUCCUUUUCAAGGUCAAGGACGUGUGAACCAGCUGGGGGGAGUGUUUAUCAAUGGACGACCGUUGCCAAACCACAUUCGACUGAAAAUCGUCGAAAUGGCCGCCUCUGGGGUGAGGCCCUGCGUGAUUUCACGCCAACUACGUGUUUCUCAUGGAUGUGUAUCGAAAAUCCUAAACCGCUACCAAGAAACCGGUUCAAUUCGCCCCGGCGUUAUAGGUGGCUCGAAACCAAAAGUAGCGACACCGGAAGUAGAAGCUAGAAUUGAAGAGAUGAAGAAGAUGAACCCGGGAAUUUUUAGCUGGGAAAUACGGGAAAAGUUGAUUAAGACGGCCGGCUCGGACGACCCCAGCGAUAAUAGACAUUCUGGUCAACUAGGACCUGAUGUGGGCUACCGGCAGGAAGGAGUAACGGAUCCCCCGAGCGUGUCUUCAAUAAGCCGACUUCUGAGAGGUGGCGGUGUAGAGCCAGGCCGGAAGGAUGACGAUGGUCGGAAGGAUUACAGCAUACACGGUAUUCUGGGAGGACGCGGAUCGGACUCAAGUGACACCGAAUCGGAACCGGGAAUACUACUGAAGCGGAAACAACGUCGAUCGAGGACCACCUUCACGGGUGAGCAGCUGGAGGCAUUGGAAAAGGCCUUCCAGCGUACGCAGUAUCCGGAUGUGUACACGCGCGAAGAAUUAGCCUCCACUACCAACCUCACCGAAGCGCGCAUACAGGUAUGGUUUAGCAAUCGUCGUGCCCGACUUCGCAAGCACGCUGGAGCACAAAUGUCCACCCCGCUCAGCAGCUUGGGUACUCUGCCAAUGUCGCAAUAUCACCCUGGAGUUGCGUCCAACGAUUCGUACCAAAUGGCGGCGGCAGCCAACUAUGAGUUUGUUGCGCAAAAUCCUGCCACCUUUUCCUCGGGCCAUUUCCAACAUGGUCACUUUGGGGGACAAAACUUUACUACCAACCACAUGGGCUUCCACCAAAACAAUCAAGAAUUUCUUCCUUCCGAAUACACCAAAAUGAUGAGCGAAGAGUACAUUAAGCCGGCGCACGAAAAUUCCAUCAAAUUGAGCCCUUCAACUACGCAGGCGGAAAACUAUGUUAAAGUACCACCGGUCCCUCCGGCAGCAGCGCCCAUCGUCACGCAGGAAACCCCUUGGAGUCAGUCUUAUCCACCCCAUCAUCCGGGACAGGCGUACGCCACUAAUUUGGUCGGCUGUCCACCACCGGUUACAACUGCUACUGCAGCAGAAUAUCAUUCGAUGCAACAGGCAGCAACCUCCUAUCCCAACAAAUACUGGUCCUGA